CUUCUCCAAGAUAUUCCUCGACCUGGGGAGAAACUUCUAUUCUCGCGAGACGCGGUUCACUUGACUCAAAAUGGACACAAUGACCGGUCGCGUUCAUCCUGUAAUGCUUAUAUACCAAGUUAAAGCACACGGCUUUCGCGGUCAGUUCCAUUACAAAGGGCAUGUUAUCAACGUAGAGCAAGACAUCAAGGAAAUCGUCAAAAUCUUGCCACAAUCUCCCGAAGCAUUGUAUGAUCUGAUCGUUCGCCGGGAAAGCGCGUGUGGAUUUGCAGAUUUCCUUGUUCGAAGAAAAAUUGUUCUCGAUGCACUAUGUUGGUUAUCUACAAACAAUCCACUCUACGCUGACGUGCAAAUUGAUAUGGAUGCAGUAGAAGCCCUUCCCGUUGAUGGUUAGAUGGUUACAUAUAUCUGAUGAAUCUAUCGAAGCAGAUCAAUUGAGGAAUCUGCUGUGCCAUUGCCACCG